AUGACGACUAGCUGUAUGAGGUCAACCCUGGAACCUGAACAUCGACUGAUGACACAGGACAACAAACACUACCAGGGGGCGCUGAAGAGCUCGGUGGACAGGAAGGACGAUGAGGACAAGGCCGAGGUUCUCUGUGCAGAGACUCAGGAGGAAGACCAGCUGAAGAAACCUCGCAGAAAGGACACACCCGUCCUCACCUGUCCUCCGCAUAUACCAGGAGUGAGGCUGAUGAAGAAGGAGAAGCACUUGGUCCACCUGGAGGAUGCAGAGAAGGAUGUGACCAACUAA